AUGUCGAAUAUUUCGCAAUACGUACCGGGUUCGGAAUCAUUCAGUAUUUAUUUAGAUCGUUUAAACGCGCAGUUGACCGUUCUAAAAGUUAAAGAUGCUGAUAAAAAGUCCUAUUUAAUCGCAUACAUUGGUUCGGAAGCAUAUAGUCAAUUAAAAGAUGCUUGUUUGCCGGAGGAACCACAAUUAAAGUCAUACGACGAGUUAGUGUCCAAAUUGGAAGAAAUAUAUUCACCACGUCGUCUUGUAGUGAGUGAAAGAUUUAUUUUUAACCAACGUACACAGAACCAGGGUGAGUCAACUCGGGAGUACAUAACAGCAUUAAAAAAAUUAUCAAGUUUUUGUGUAUUUGGUUCGUUUUUAAACGAUGCACUGCGUGAUCGGCUUAUUGUAGGGAUAAGUGAUGAAUCGUGUCAACGGAAAUUACUURGUAUAGAUUCCCUAACGUUUGAAGAAGCAUGUAAAAUUGCUUUGGAUUCGGAGUUGGUUUGUAAUCAAACACAACAAAUGAACAAUAAAUCACAAAUAAAUGUUGUCAAUAAUGGGAAAAGUGUGCCUCGUCAAACACAUUCGUCAUCGAAGUCGGAACUCAAGUGGAACGAAAAUGCUGGUGGAAAACCGUGGUCUGAGAAGUCGUCAAAACCUGGUCAAAAAAAUGGUCAGUCAAUUCAGCACGGCAGUCAAAGUUCACGAAGUCUUAAGUUUGGUCAAUGUUAUAGAUGUGGAAGGAAGCACGAUGUCCGUACGUGUCCAGCCAGAGAGUGGGAAUGUUUUUCAUGUAAAUUAAAAGGUCAUACGUCGAAAAUGUGUAAGACAAAAAUUAAAAAUAAUUUAGAGUCUAUUGAUUUAGUAAAUAGUGUGUCUCAGAAUAGUGGGGGAAAUCCGCUUGUGAUUAAAAUCAAAGUUAAUAAUAAGCUUAUUCCGUUUGAGGUAGAUAGUGGAGCGUCGGUUUCAGUUAUGCCGAUUAAAUAUUUUAAUAUGUAUUUUAAUAAUUCAUGUAAAUUARAAAAAAAACAUAUUCAAUUAAGUUCUGUAAAUUGUGAACCAGUCAAGGUUUUAGGUCAAACACUUGUAAAUGUCGAGAUGUCAAAUCAAAAAAAUAUUAAACUAUAUUUAAUUAUAACGGAAAACUCUGUAAAAAAAGUUUUAGUAGGUCGAUCUUGUGAAAUAGAUGUAAUUAAAAAUAUUAAACUCAAGUUUCCCGGGGUGGUUAAAAUAAAUGAUAAACCUGCUGAUUAUAUAAAAGACCAUGAGGUCAAUUUAUCUUUAAAAGAAAAUAGCGUACCAGUUUUCCAUAUAGCAUAUCAAGUACCAUAUGCACUAAAGUCUGCUGUAGAAAUUGAGCUAAAUAGUUCAGAAGUUGAAGGAGUUAUAAAUUUAAAAACUACCUUAAAUCCAAAAUUACAAAUUGAACAACACCCAUUACCAAGAGUCGAUGAUGUGUUUAAUGAGUUAUCCGGGGGAAGUGUGUUCACUGUUUUGGAUUUAGYAGAAGCGUAUUUACAAUUACAGGUUGCACCUGAAAGUCYGUCAGCGCCAAGUAUAUUUCAGUCGGUCAUGGAAAAUAUUUUACGAGGUGUUUCUAGAGUACAAGUAUAUUUARAUGACAUAAUAAUCUGCGGCUCGUCAAGGUCAGAGUGUGAAGAAAAUGUUAAUGYGGUGUUAGAACGUUUAAAUGAGUAUAGAGUUAAA